UUCGGAAUUCCCCUCGUCAAAUAUUGCUCGCGGGAAACCUAAACCAUUUGCCCAUUUGGCGACUUCGGUCCAACGGUUCCUCGAUCGCAAAUGGCUUGUCUUCGUCUUCUCUGACUACUCAAUUCAUUGGCUCUGACCGUGUGUUAUUAAUUCCCGAAUAACAGCAAAAGUGAAGCCUUCGAAUCAGAUUACCGAAUUUAUUCGUUGUAGUCAUGGUACUCCCGGUACUGAAGCUUGGAACGCUCGUGUUGAAAACUCUGAGCAAGCCACUCGGUAAUAGGCUCAAGAAGCAAGCUGCGUUGCACCCCAGAUUUAGGCAGUCUAUCAUCAAUGUCGCCCAGAUUAACCAUCGGAUGUCAACACAAAUGCAAAGACGCAUAUAUGGUCAUGCAACUGAUGUAGAAAUUCGCCCUCUGGAUGAGGAGAAAGCAGUUCAGGCUGCUGUUGACCUGAUUGGCGAGGUUUUUGUUUUCUCGGUUGCAGGAGCAAUCGUGAUAUUUGAGGUUCAGAGAAGUGCUAGAUCAGAAGCCAGAAAAGAAGAAGUACGCAGACAAGAAAUGGAGGCACUGAGGCAGAGAGACGAAAGCUUAUCAACAGAAUUGGAACUUCUGCAGCAAAAACUAGUAGAACUGGAACAACAUGCCAGAGGACGAGGUCUCAGUGGUAUUUUGAACUUCAAACACACUCCCUCUGAAAGUGGAAAUUUAGCAAAGCCUGCUUGAUUAAGUUGCUAGUUUGUCCAGCGAGAAAUGAGGUGAUGAUUUAAUCAACGUGGUCUUGAAAAACGGAGGUGCAUUUUCCUAAUUCUUUUGACACUUAUGGUAUUAGUAUUUUGCACACUGUAAAUGAUCAUUAUUCCAAUUAAAUUCUCUCUCACCCCGCAUUAAUGGGGUGUAAACUGUGCAAGAGUAUGUACUAAAUGAAGAAUUUUAGCUAUGAUGGCCCUAAUCAUCUGAUGACAUGAUUUAUGA